AUGGCUUUGGUUGGAGAGGCUAUUCUCUCUGCCUCCGUGCAGGUGCUGUUUGACAAGAUUGGUUCCAGCGAGUUCGUGGACUUGUUCCGGAGAAAGAAACUGGACGAGUCGCUUGUAAAGAAACUGAAGAUAACGCUAUUGAGCCUCAAUGCAGUGCUUAAUGACGCGGAGGAGAAGCAGUUCACUAACGCUUACGUCAAAGAGUGGCUUGAUGAGCUUCAAGAUGCUGUCUUUGAUGCGGAUAACCUUCUGGAUGAGAUCAAUGCUGAAGUUCUGCGAUGCAAGGUGGAAGCUGAAUAUCGAACCGUCAAAACUCAGGUGUGGAACUUCUUCUCUACUUCUCUUAAUCCUUUUUAUCAAGGCAUGAAUGGUAGGAUUCAAGAGUUGUUUGAUAGAUUAGAACACCUCGCAAAACAAAAGGAUGUGCUUGGCCUGAGAGAAGGUGUUGUUGGGGGGAAGGUUUCUCAAAGAACUCCAACAACUUCCUUGGUGGAUGAAUCUUGUGUGUACGGUAGGGAUGGAGAUAAAGAAAAGCUGAUGAACCUCUUGUUAUCUGAUGAAGCAAGCAACAAGGAUGUAUCUGUCAUCACCAUAGUGGGAAUGGGCGGGGUUGGCAAGACAACCCUCGCUCAGCUCCUUUAUAAUGAUGACAAAGUGAAAAAGCAUUUUAAUCUUAGAACCUGGGCUUAUGUUUCAGAAGAUUUUGAUGUUACUAGGGUAACUAAGACCCUACUUGAGUCAGUCGGUUCAAUAGCUUAUGAUAAUAAAGACCCGAAUUUUCUUCAAGUUGAGCUAGGACAACAAAUAAAGGGCAAGAAAUUUUUAUUUGUGUUGGAUGACCUUUGGAAUGAGAACUAUGGUGAUUUGAGUCUCCUACAACGUCCUUUUGCAUCCGGAGCAAGGGGAAGUAGGGUUAUUGUGACAACACGGAACAAAAGUGUUGCAUCUCUCGUGCGCACCGUUCCAAUUCACUAUUUGAAACAGUUGUCUGAUGAGGAUUGCUGGUUGUUACUUUCAAAACACGCCUUCGAAAAUGGAAACUCAAGUGCAUAUCUAGAGCUAGAAGAAGUUGGUAAGAAAAUUGCUUCUAAGUGCAACGGUUUACCAUUAGCUGCGGAGACACUUGGAGGCCUCUUACGUUUCAACACAAAUUAUGAGGAAUGGAAUAACAUAUUAAGUAGCAAUAUUUGGGAGCUACCCCUUGAGAAAUGUAACACAAUUCCGGCUUUAAGAUUGAGUUACCAUUAUCUUCCAACUCAUUUAAAACGAUGCUUUGCUUAUUGCUCAAUUUUCCCAAAAGGCUAUGAAUUCCGAAAGAAAGAUGUAGUCCUACUUUGGGUGGCAGAAAGUUUAAUUCCACAAGCUGAGAUUGAAAAAAGAAUGAAGGAGCUCACUAAGAAAUACUUUGAUGACUUAUUAUCACGAUCAUUAUUUCAAAGAUCAAGAACUUUUAAAUCACAUUUCAGAAUGCAUGAUCUCAUCAAUGACUUAGCUAUGUCUGUGUCAAAGGAAUCCUGUUUGAGAUGGGAAGGGGGCGAAUCACAUGAAGUUUUGGAAAGAGUUCGGCAUUUGUCGUAUGCUAGAGGGCAAUUUGAUUGUGCUGUGAAAUUUAAGCCAUUAUAUGAGGUCAAGCAUUUGCGAACCUUCCUACCUCUUGGAAGAGAACAUUGUACAAAUUAUGUAAGUAAAAGGGUUUUACAUGAGUUAUUGCCAAAUUUAACAUGUUUACGGGUGCUAAAAUUGUCAACAUAUGAUAAUAUUGUUGAGUUACCCAAUUCUAUUGGUAAUCUCAUUCAUUUGCGCUACUUGGAUCUCUCUAAUACUGCAAUCAAAAGGUUGCCUGCCACAAUUUGCACUCUCUAUAGUCUACAAACAUUACUAUUGGCGGGUUGUUGGUCUCUUUUUGAAUUGCCUGCAGACAUGAGAAAAUUGAUUAACUUGAGGCAUCUUGAUUGUAGUGGAACUCAAAUUGAAGAGAUGCCGGUGCAAAUGGGUAGACUAAAAAGUUUGAGAACAUUGACUACUUUUGUUGUGGGGAAAUCUACUGGGUCGACUAUUGGCGAAUUGGGGGAGUUGUCCCAUCUUGGAGGAAAGCUUUCAAUUUUGAAGCUUAAUAAUGUGGUUGAUGGUAGGGAUGCCUUGCAAGCUAAUUUGAAGAACAAACAAGAUCUCAAGGAGUUAGAGUUGGCAUGGGUCUCCGAAGAUGCCGAUCAUUCCGUAAAGGUGAGAGAUGUACUUGACAAGCUCCAACCUUGCAUGAAUUUGGAGAAAUUGACCGUCAAACUUUAUGGCGGGACCAGCUUCCCAAACUGGUUGGGAGACUCUGCCUUCAAUAAAAUAAAAGUUAUGCGCCUUGUAGGCUGUCAUUAUUGCUUCGAGUUGCCACCGCUUGGACAGCUACCUGCUCUUAAGGAGCUCUUCAUAUGUGAGAUGAAAUUUCUUAGGACGUUAGGUCCUGAGUUGUAUGGUCAGCCAUUUCAGUCAUUUCAAUCACUGGAGAAGCUGGAGUUUGAGGAGAUGCCAGAGUGGGAGGAAUGGGUAUCGAGUGUAAGUGGAGGUCCAGACUUUCCUCGUCUCCAGGAGCUGAUUCUAGAAAAGUGUCCAAAGCUAAGAGGAAGCUUGCCUUGUGAUCUGCCUUGCUAUCGAAGGGCCACUGCUACUACUAGUACUAGUAAUAGUCUCAACUACAAUUGUCUUGAAGAAUUGGAAAUAGAGACAAAGUUCCAAACAGAUCGAAGGGCCACUGCUACUACUAGUACUAGUAAUAGUCUCAACUACAAUUGUCUUGAAGAAUUGGAAAUAGAGACAAAGUUCCAAACAGAAUUGGAAAUAGAGACAAAGUUCCAAACAGGUCUGUUAUCAUUACUAGAGACAGAGUUCCUAUCCCGACUUUACAUUGGACGUUUUAAUGACAUACAGUGCUUGCCCAACAUCAAUGGUCUUAAAAGUUUGAUUCUCUCGAAUUGUCCAACCCUAUCGUCGUUCCCUGAAGAUGGCCUACCCACUUCGUUGACCUCACUUGAGAUUAACAGUUGUAGGAGAUUAGAAUUCCUACCUCUUGAGAUGUUGGCACAAUUAACAUCGCUUCUCUCUUUGUGGCUAGUGAAUAGCUGUGAUUCAAUGAGGUCCUUCCCCUUGGGCAUUUUUCCCAAAUUGAGGACACUUGUUAUUGUGAAUUGUGAGAAUCUGGAAUCGCUUUGCUUGAUUGAAGAAGAAGGAGCGGUCGAGAAUCUCAGUCAUCUCAAUCAUUUAAAUAUCGAAGGCUGUCCAAAUCUGGUGUGUUUUCCCCAGGGAGGAUUGCCCACUCCCAACCUGACUCGAUUGGGUUUCAGUAGAUGCGAGAAGUUGAAGUCAUUACCUGAACGCAUUCACACCCUCGCAGCCGUUGGAACUUUGAAUAUAAGAGAUCUUCAAAAUCUGGAGUCAAUUGCAGAAGAUGGGGGUUUGCCUCCCAACCUCCGAUAUUUUAUAAUUGAGAAUUGUGAGAGACUGAGGGCUUCAUCUUCAUCAGUGGGAGACUACUGUAACUGGGGUUUGCAAGCACUUGUCUCCCUUAAAUUCCUUAAUAUUGGUGGCAGGGGAAGUGAUGAAAUCUUGGAGACGUUGCUCAGGCAACAAUUGCUCCCUACCACUCUUCAGAGUCUCCACAUCAAGGAACUUUCAACUCUGACAUCUUUGGAUGGAAAGGGACUUGCACACCUUACUUCUCUUCAAGAACUAUUUAUUGCUGGGUGUGACAGUCUGGAAUUCCUGCCAGGAGAGGCACUUCAACACCUCACUUCUCUUCAAGAGCUACAUAUUUCCGAUUGCCCGAGUCUCCAACUCCUGCCAGAAGAGGGUCUACCGCCAUCUCUUUCUUUUCUGUACAUCUACAUUUGUUCUGCCCUGGAGAAAAGGUAUGAGAAUAAGACGGGACAAGAUCAUUGGGCCAGCAUAUCUCACAUUCCAUGCAUCCAGAUAAAUGAUGAAGUGACCAUAUGAUGAUAUGAGACAAACAAACUCAGGUCAAACUUGAGAAACUUUCCCAUGUUUGGAGGUCAAAGCAACACUUGUGUAGGCAACCAUGCCCGAGGAGAGUUUACCAUUGUAUAUGGAUUGUUGUUUUUCGACAAACAAAUUGCGGCAAAGAAGGGGAAGGAAUUGUUCUCAAGGUGGAGCUCUAGCAAGAGACCAGCAUUUGGACAAUGUGGAAAACGGAUCCCAAUCUAACAUAACAAGCAUCACUGUCCAUUCAUGAUUAGAGUGGGAGGAAUGAAGACCAGAAGGCCGGUGUCCAGAUUUUCCUCAUCUCAAGGACCUGAAUUUAGACAAGUGUCUGAAGCUAAG